ACAAGCUUUUGCCGCGAAUAAACCCAGUCCCUAAAGUUUCCUCCAAAAAGUCAAAGGAUGUAUUGUAGUUCAACCAAACACACUGAAUAUCCAUAUUCAAGGUAAGAGAUUCCAUUUUUUUCACAUAGCCUUGUGCUACAGCAAAGCAGCAACAUCCGUUUUAUUCUGCGUUGAAUCUGCAGACUUUAAUUUUCUGAUUCAAUCGUUCAUGUCUUCCUCAAAGCUUCCAUCUAUUGUGCCACUUCAACCCAAAAGCGGACAGAUUAGAAGAAAAGUUUUAAAAGACUUAGCGAGAGAUAAAAAAAAGGACAAAAAAUUCGACAUAUUGAAGGAAUUAAAAUGGGAUAAAGCGCGGUUACGAAGUAUUGUAACAGAAGACUAUCGUUAUCCGCGCGUUUUACGUUUUAAAGCUUCUCUUCAACUGUUCCGUGAAAUGGAAACGUUCAUCAAAAGUUUGAGAGAAGAAAACACAGAUGCAUCUUUCACUUCACAAUCUAUUCCAUACCUUAAAUCUCUCAUUUCAGAACUCACUUCUUCUCUUCAAGUGGACGUCAAUAGAGAGAUCCUUUUAGAAAUAGAACCGAAACCAUUUCCCACUUUACGUCUCCGUCGUUCUCUUAAAAAACUUAAAGUAUUGUUAAGAGGAGAAGUCACACGUGCAUCUUUCACUUCACUUAUCCGUGGUUGCAUUAAAGGCUAUGAAUAUGCCAUUUCAGAAUUCUAUGCUUCUUUUCAAGAGGACGGGUUUGACGUUAAUAGAGUGAUCAACGAACAUGAAGUAUUCUUAAGUUUUAGAGGAGAUGACACUCGUGCAUCUUUCACUUCACAUCUCCAUGCUUCUCUUCAAAACGAUGGAAUCUCUGUUUUCAUGGACGAGGAUUCGCUUCUAAGAGGAAAUCACAUUUCAUCAUCACUUCUGCGAGCAAUUGAAGACACUAAGAUCUCUGUGGUUGUUUUCUCAAGAAAUUAUGCUGAGUCGAGAUGGUGUUUGGCAGAAUUGGUGAAAAUAAUGUCGUGUCAGAGAACCGUAGGGCAGGUGGUGCUUCCAGUCUUCUAUGGUGUAGAUCCAUCUGAGGUUCGUCACCAAACUGGUGCGUUUGGAGAAGCAUUUCGAAGUCUUUUGGAUAGGAUUUCAAAGGGCAAGAAAAAAAAGUCUCUCAAAUGGAGAGAAGCACUUCGUCAAGCUGCUGCCCUCGCUGGUUUCGUAGUUCUAGAUGCAAGGAAUGAAAGGGAGGCUAUCAAUCAUAUUGUUGAAAAAGUUACUCUUUUGCUUGACAAGACACAAUUGUUUGUUGCUGAUAAUCCAGUGGGAGUUGAAUCACGAGUGCGAGAUAUGAUUCAACAGCUAGAUAUCCAACAAUCAAAUAAAGUUCUACUCCUAGGGAUGUGGGGUAUGGGAGGAACCGGUAAAACUACCAUUACAAAAGCCAUUUACAACAAAAUUGGCCGCAAUUUCGAAGGUAGGAGUUUCCUGGCAAAUAUUAGGGAAACUUGGGAAGGAACUACUGGAAAAGUGUCUUUACAAGAACAACUUCUGUUGGAUAUCUUCAAAGAAACAAAAACCAAGAUACAAAGCAUUGAGUCCGGGAAAAUUACAUUGAAGAAUAGGCUUUGUCAUAAAAGAGUACUUCUCAUACUUGAUGAUGUGAAUAGUUUGGACCAACUAAAAGCUUUGUGUGGAAGUCGUAAAUGGUUUGGUUCUGGGAGUAGAAUAAUUAUCACAACCAGAGAUAAACAUAUACUUAGAGAACUACGAGUUAACAAAGUAUACGCAAUGAAAGAAAUGGAUGAAAAGGAAUCAAUUGAGCUUUUUAGUUUGAAUGCAUUCAAGCAGCCUAGUCCUAGAAAACAAUUUGCUGAAAUUUCUAGAAAUAUUGUUGAAUACUGUGGAGGAUUGCCACUAGCUCUGGAAGUCAUUGGUUCCUAUUUGUUUGACAGAGGAUUAACAGAUUGGAAGUGUGUAUUGGAAAAAAUCAAAAUAAUUCCCAAUGAUCAAGUACAACAGAAGUUAAAAAUUAGCUAUGAUGGUUUACAUGAUGACCUUGAGAAAGAAAUAUUUCUUGACAUAGCUUGUUUCUUUAUUGGGAUGGACCGAAAUGAUGUUAUACAGAUAUUAAAUCCUUGUGGAUUUUUUGCAGAAAUUGGAAUAAGUGUGCUUGUUGAGCGAAGUCUGUUAACUGUUGAUGAUAAAAACAAGCUUGGAAUGCAUGAUUUGUUAAGAGAUAUGGGAAGAGAAAUCAUUCGUGAAAAAUCGCCCAAGGAGCCCGAGGAGCGUAGCAGAUUAUGGUUUCGUGAUGAUGUGCUUGGUGUUUUAUUUGAUCAAAAUGGAACAAAAGCUGUUGAGGGACUAGCUUUGAAGAUGCCAAUAGCUAAUUCAAAAUGUUUUAACACUAGAGCAUUUAAGAAGAUGAAGAGACUCAGAUUGCUUCAACUUCUUGGUGUACAACUUGAUGGAGAUUUUGAAUAUCUUUCAAGAAAUUUAAGAUGGCUAUGUUGGAAUGGAUUUCCUUUAACAAGCAUACCUUCAAAUUUUUAUCAAGGAAACUUAGUUUCCAUGGAGUUAGAAAACAGCAAUAUGAGAUUUGUGUGGAAAGAGACCCCGAGAAUGGAGAUGCUGAAAAUCCUAAACCUUAGUCAUUCCCAUCAUCUUAUGCAGACCCCAAACUUCUCAAAUUUGCCUAAUCUUGAAAAGCUAAUACUUGUAGAUUGUCCAAUGUUAUCUGAGGUUUCCAACAGCAUUGGAGAUCUCAAUAAAAUUCUUCUAAUAAAUUUGGAAGACUGUAUUAACCUAUGUAACCUUCCAAGAAGCAUUUAUAAGUUGACAUCUCUCAAAACUCUAAUUCUUUCAGGGUGUUUAAUGAUUGACACGUUGGAAGAAGACAUAGAACAAAUGGAAUCUUUAACCACUCUGAUUGCAAAUAACACUGGAAUAACAAGAGUUCCGUUUUCUAUAGUGAGAUCAAAAAGCAUUGGCUACAUUUCUUUGUGCGGCUAUGAAGGUUUCUCACGGGAUGUGUUUCCAGCUAUCAUUUCGUCUUGGAUGUCUCCAACAAAUAAUUUUACACCCCAUUUACAAACAUCUACUAUUAUGUCAUCUCUUGUUCCUUUAGAUGUACUACAUAGUAGUUCCCAGGAGCUAUCAUCGAUUUCCAAGUACCUUCCAAGUCUUAGAAGUCUUUGGGUGGAGUGCAGCUCAGAAGAUCAGCUUUCUCAUGAUACAACAAUAAUUUUAGAGGCAUUAUAUGCCCUAAAUUCUCGAGAAUUGGAUCCAACAACAACCACAUCACAAGUAUCAAAAAAUUCCUUGAAAUCUCUUUUCAUUCAACUGGGAAUGAAUUGCGAAGUUGCAAAUAUUCUGAAAGAGAAAGUUUUACAGUAUAUGACCGGCGAUGAGAGUGGUGGUUGUGUGCUCCUGGGUGAUAGUUAUCCCAAUUGGUUAAACUUCAAUUGUGAUGGUUCUUCUGUAAGUUUUGAAGUCCCUCAAGUAGAAGGGCAUAACUUGAAGUCAUUGAUCUGCAUUGCCUAUUCAUCAACUCCGGAUAACUUAACUUCGGAUGGUCUUAAAAAUGUGUUGGUGAAAAAUUACACGAAGGCCACCAUUCAGCUCUAUAAGAAAGAGACACUAGCUUCCUUUAAGGAUGAGGAGGGGGAGAGAGUAGUAUCAAGUAUAGAACCCAGAGAUAAAGUGGAGGUGGUGGUUGUUUUUGAGAAUGGUUUCAGUGUGAAGAAAACUACAGUUUAUCUCGUAUAUGAUGAACCAAUGGGAGAAAAAAGGGAACAAUGUGAAGCACCAGAAGGAAAUAUUAUUGCUUGUAGUGCUGAUGAAAAUGAAAGCAUACAAUGUGAAGCGGCAGAUGAAAAUGCUAUCGCUUAUAGUGCGGAUGAAAAUGAAAGCGUACAAUGUGAAGAACCAUUACCAGACGAAAAUGCUAAUGCUUAUAGUGCUGAUGAAAAUGAAAGCAUAUUAAGGACGAGCUCUCCACAAGUGGAACUCGUGGAAAAAAAUGUUAGUGCCGGUAGUUGUUGUGGAUCUGUCAAAUAUAGUUUUAGACAGUGGAUUACAAAUUUUAUGUGUAGAUUAGUGGAGUGCUGGGGAUAGUCAAGUUGGACUUGAUUUUGUAGGUGGAAAUCAGCCAUUUUUUCAGAAGUCAUUCAGUUUGAGGACAAACUUGGCAAUCUCUGUAUGAAAUUUAUGAUAUGCUGCUAAAUGUUGUUAUAAAUUUGUUACUACUGUGUGCCUUUGGUUUAGUUUUUGUUCUUUUGGUCUUUAUAAGUCCUGUUAUCUCACACUCGAUGUCUUAUUUGGUUAUCUCAUUGUGAAUCAUAUCUUAAAAAAAGUUUAAAAAUCAUUUUUGAUAGAAACAGUACCCAUUUUAAAGGCAUGUAAAAGCUUUUUUGAUAUUAA